GCCGUCACUCAUCAGUAGCUAGUGGACUAAUCUGAUUUGAAAACUGUGAUCACACCAACAGAUCAACAAACAGCAGACUUAGUGCAAAAUAAUCCUAUUAGCUUUAGACAAGGACAGUGAGCAUCUGUCCAGGGCUGGCCAGGUGUCUGUGGAGCUUCCCACUACAGGAAUGUCCAGCUGUGGGGGAUGGUACAUACUCAUGAUACUCUCAACUAAUUGGAGAUUUACUGGGGUGAUAGCCUAACACCAAGUGCUAUAGGGUAUAGACAGCCUACAAACUUCCCCCAUCACUAGAUGUUGAUGAUGAUAUUGAUAUUUUACUCCCACUGCCUCAGCUUCCAUUAUUACAGUUCAUUGUUGUGGAAAAUUUUGUGAGAAUUAUGUUCCCGUUUGUUCUCAUCAAUAUCAAAUAGGCCUCGUCUGUGGUGUAUCCCGACUGAAGCAUGGUACUCAGAUACGGAGGUGUCGAGGAUUUACACUGAAGUGUCCAGCGUGUACUCAGUUUUAACUGGGUUAUCAAUAGUACACAAGUCAUACUCAUCUAUAAAGUACCAAGGUUUAACUCAGGAGUAGAGUCGUCUUAUACCAAGAACUAACUCUAGAGUGGCUAUACUCUCUCACCAAGGAUUAAGAAAGAGCAGAAUAUUGAAAUUUGUUUACUGAGGAUUAAGCACACGUUUACCAAGGAAUAAGAAUACUUGUUAACGCGGAUAAGAAUACUUGUUUACCAAGGAUUAAGGAUACUUGUCUACUGAGGAUAAAGAAUACUUGUUUGCCGAGGAUUAAGGAUACUUGUUUGCCGAGGAUUAAGAAUACUUGUUUACAGUGGAACAAAGCUGGAUUAUCGUUAACAAAGGUGAUGAGAAAAAAGGAUUAACGCUCCGUGAGGGAUGAAUUCUUAAAUAUUGGUAGUUCCUGGUUCCAGUACACAGCUCAAGUGGCGUGGUUCCAUCAGUGGUCAAGUGGCGUGGUUCAGGUAGUUCCUGGUUCCAGUACACAGCUCAGAGCCGUCGGUACAAUGAGGAAUCCAUUGAUGUCUCGGCUGACAUUUCAGCUCCUGGAUUAAUAUUUGAUUGACCAAUAUUGAGUUUAGAGUUGUGUCCGACAUCUCUACACCCUGUGACAAGGUUUCGCCUGAUUGAGAUGAUUCCAGACCAUUUAACAAUGGAAUCCAGUCAGGCCCCAUCGUACAUGGAAACUGUUCAAGUGACAUCAUCGACUACUUCUAGCAUCCACGUGGCAUGGGAGGUCAACCAUGACACAAGCUCUCAUGUGGAAGGAUUCCGCGUCCACUAUCAGAAAGUGGCCAGCACCUACGUACAGUAUGGGCCAAUGCUUUCAGCAUCUAUUGGACAAUACAGUAUUCAGAAUCUUGUGGCAGACACCUACUACAAAGUGUGUCUUGUGAUGUACCGUAAUGACACUCAGCCCAUUCGCGAGUGUGUGGAUGCAUCCACAACUAACUGGCAUAUCCCGGUGUCCAUCGGCAGCAGUAUCGGUGCCAUCCUAGCUCUGUCUAUGAUCGUUCUUGUGGUCCUUGUGUCUAGAUGUCCAUCAGUGGUCAAGUGGCGUGGUAAACAGUACAAAAAAUCACAGAAAUAUGACAGCAUGUCAUCACAUUACCAUGACGACCAUUUUGAAUUUAGUGACACAGCAACACACGGACACGAGGAUGAAUUUGUGUCGGAGUUUGAUCCGUGUAAUGAAUAUUCCUUUGAAAAUGCUCAUAACAACUCUCAUUCAAAGGAACAUCGAAGCACAGAUAAAAUGUGUAACGGGAACAGAAAUCAUGUUUCCAGUAUAUCUCACUCCCAGGCCACCAAAUACAUGGGGGCCCGGCCCAAGGUCUACAUCCCCAGUCACUACCCACACCAUUCCUACCAUGGGCACCAAACCAACUCCAGCCUUGCACAUUCCAUCGAACGUCAGCAGAGCCUUGACCUGGGUCAAAGGGAAGACCUCAAUCAUAACCACCAUCACAGCUCUGGAGUGCAUCACCACCACCAUCACCACCACCACCAUAAUUCCGGAGCACACCAUCAUCACAGCUCCGGAGUGACGCUCACAAGUCCGGUGCAAUCCUAUGGGCCCGCUGAACUGGAGUCUAAUUCGGCGUAUAUUCGCCCAGAUGAAGGUCCUGAGGAGAUUGUGUACAGUGAGGCCCGUGCCUCCAGCCCACCUAAUGCAAUACUGCAAAGCGCAACAGACUAUGAAAUGAAAGAGAUCAAAAAGUCGUGUUCUCAAGAAAACUGUGUGGCCGCAGGGAUCAUAGAUCACCAGGAGGAGCACACACUAUAGACAAAACUGUAUCUCAAUGUUACAGGAACCUACACAGCAGAUAUGUAGGAACUUUGAAUUCCAAUAAGCUCAUUAUCAUUUACAUGUGACACUGGAAAAUUGCAUUAUUCAGAAUAUGGGAUAUAUAGCUAUAGCCUUAUUUAUUUAUAGAUAUCACUCUCAUUGAAAUAGUAGUUUAUAUAUAUACAUAUAUAUUUUUUUCAAAUAUAGCAGUUCUACACAAUAUAUGGGCAAAAUAGAUAUCAUAUUAUUGGAUCUGGACAGAGUAUAGGUACAGUACAUGUACCAUAAAGAUAUAUGGACAAAGUAGGUGUCACACAAGACAUGGACAGAUAAGCAAGUACCACACAAUUAAAACAUAAACUAUGUAUACUAAGGCACCAAACAAGAUAUGGACAAUGUAGGUUCCACACAAGACAUGGGUAAAGCAGCUACCACAAAAGAUAUGGACAGAGUAUAGGUAUCACACAAGAUAUGGACAUCAAUAAUUACAAAAUAGGUACCACACAAGAUAUGGACAAAGAAGGUUACCACACAAGAUAUAUGUCCAUUAUAGAUACUGAUAGUGUAGCUAUAGGUACAUCAGGCAUGCAAGAUAUGGACAAAGUAGGUGUUUGUAUCGCUCAAUAUAUGGACCAAAUAUGUUACCACACAAGAUAUGGAAAAAUGAUAGGUACCACAAAAAAUAUGGACAAAGUAGAUUACCACAUAAGACAUGGACAAUGAAGAUUACCACACAAGAUAUAGACAAAGUAGGUACCACACAAGAUAUGGACAAAGUAUACUAAUGUAUUGCAUCUGUAGAUUACAAAAGUUGCUGGUAAUUGCUACUUUGUGUGAUAAGUAAGGGCAAUACCCAAAUACAGUUUGCUGCACAUGUACAUGUACAUGGCCAGCACAUGACUAUUGCAGACAUGGACAGGCACACAUGUGCCCAGUUUCUACCAAAUACUGACUGAUAUGUAAAUUAUUUCUUACUUUUAUAAAUGGAAAAGUAUCUGUAAUAUUGUAAAAUGGUAAUGUAUAUUUCUCAACUUUGUAAAAAUGUUGUUUUAUGACUGUAUAGACAUUAGUGAGCACAAUUAUCAGAAACAAAUGGCUUUUAAUUAUCAAACCUUAAUCACAAACUAUCUUUUUACGUAAAUCAUUCAUGGUCAUACAAACUUAAAUUACACAUGCAUUUUUUUUUUUUUUUUCAGAUAUUCUCACAAAUCACAUUUUGAAAAUUUGAUCUUAAUUUUUGUGUGUAGUUUUUUAGCUUAUUUUAAUUGUCCUUGGACUUACCGGUAAUCAGAUUAUUUCAGGUUUUUAUUUCAGAACAUAUUGCUGCUAUGAAUUAUAUACAAAUACACACAUUUGAAAAUAUGAUUUGUGAGAAUGCAUGAGAACAAUUGUACAUGUCAUUGGGUCAAAAUCAAUUAGUAUUUUGUUAUAUAAUUAUUUAUGUGCUUAUUUCUUUGAGUAGUAUUGUGUUUAUCUGUUUACAAUUGGGUUGAUAUAUUUUCAAUUUGAGAAGUAAAUGGGAUAAAAAGAAAUAUGGAGGACAGAGCAUUGUAAAUGGAUUGGUAAAGUGGAUCUAUGAUUCGUGAUUCCCAUCUAUCAUAAAAUAUUGGAGACAAACGGAGGCUGAAGUACCCUGCAGUUAAAUGAUUUGGGUGCACUUUCAAUGUCGGAAAUCUGAAAAGUUAACUGAUACUGUCAGAUUAUUCUAUAAAUCUCUUAUAUGAUCCAAUUUUCAAUUUUUCUAUUCAAAAUGCCUUCAUAUUAACUAUCAAUAAUCACACUUCAGUCUUUGUGGAAUUUUCAAUGAAAGAAUAAGACGAUAUAAAAAAGGUGGUUUGUUGAUUGUCUACAGGACUUAAAACAUUAUAAUGCCUUUGACAAUAGAAUGACUGCACCUUUAUCUGCCUUUGACAAUAGAAUGACUGCACCUUUAUCAACACUAACUCGUUGUGUCCUUACUGACCUGCCAAUACAAGUCUUUUAAUCAGAAACUCAUGUUCCAGAAAAAUGAAAAUAAGGGAAAAAACAUCAUUUUAAUGCCGUAGGAAAUGUGACUUAUGAAGAUUAACUACAAAUAUUAUUAUAUAAUAAAUUAAAUACUGUAUAGUGUAAUACUAGAUGGUUUAAUCAGCAGACCAAAUCCCCCGCAUGUGAUAUUCAUCAUAAUAUACAAUCAGCUUAUUUUUUAACUGUUCACAACCCAUUCUGGCCACUACACAAAUUCAAUCACAGAAAUGAUAAAUAAGAUCUUUUUAUGUUCUUCAUGCCUAUACUUCCAGCACUAUAGCGUUUUUACUCACCUCCAAUUAGCUAGGAGACAUAUUGAACCCGGAGCUCACAAAGGUUCGUUAUAAUGAUCUGAAUGUAUUCAUUAUAUGUACAAGUGCUAAUCGGAAACAGUGAUGGAUAGGUCCACACCCGAUCACACAGAUACACCAUCUGCACCUUAUUGUAGGACUGUACUGACAAGAUCAAUACGCUCCAUAGUAAGACAUGGAACAACCCUAAUUAGCUCGGGCUAUAACGGGACAUGUUAAUUUUGUCUUUAUUAGUCUCCACAUUGAAUAAGAGUCCUUCUAUUGAAGACCACCAGUACAACGGUAGGUUUCUACCAGUCAGAGUGGAUUGAGUUUGUUCUACGUACAUGAUGGCUGACUCUAAAAACGAUGUUCUGCAUAAAAUACUACGUUCUACAUAUUGUGUUCAGAACAAAAUUACAAAUAUUUACCUUAACAUAAGAUUUUGAAAAACACUGCAAUUCUAAUUUUCAUCUUAAUUUUUUUUAAGUUUUCAAAAUAAAGGAUGUACUUAUAAAGUGAAAGGAAAAUUAUUAAUAAGCACUAUACUUGUGCUUGUAAGCUUUCUUAUAACACUGCAUACCUGAUGUAUGGUGUACAUGUAAGUAAUAUAUACAAAAUGUAGUCUAAAUAGUAUAUAUCUGACAUAGUCCCAGUCUAGAUAUAUACCUGACAUAGUCCCAGUCUAGAUAUAUACCUGACAUAGUCCAAGUCUAAUUAAUAAGUACUUGACGUAGUCUAAGUCUUAAUACUAUAUACCUGAUGUAGUCUAAGUCUUAAUACUAUAUACCUGAUGUAGUCUAAGUCUUAAUACUAUAUACCUGAUGUAAUCUAAGUCUUAAUACUUUAUACCUGAUGUAGUCAGAGUCUAAAUAAUAUAUACCUGACAUAGUCCAAGUCUAAAUAAUAUAUACCUGACAUAGUCCAAGUCUAAAUAAUAUAUACCUGACAUAGUCUGAGUCUAAUUAAUAUAUACCUGAUUUAGUCUAAGUCUAAAUAGUAUAUACCUGACGUAGUCCGAGUCUAAAUAAUAUAUACCUGACAUAGUCUGAGUCUAAUUAAUAAAUACCUGACAUAGUCCCAGUCUAAAUAAUAAAUACCUGACAUAGUCCCAGUCUAAAUAAUAAAUACCUGACAUAGUCUGAGUCUAAUUAAUAUAUACCUGACAUAGUCUAAGUCUUAAUACUAUAUACCUGAUGUAAUCUAAGUCUUAAUACUAUAUACCUGACAUAGUCCGAGUCUAAAUAGUAUAUACCUGACAUAGUCUGAGUCUAAAUAAUAUAUACCUGACAUAGUCUAAGUCUAAAUAGUAUAUACAUGUACCUGAUGUAGUCUAAGUCUUAAUACUAUAUACCUGACAUAGUCUGAGUCUAAUUAAUAUAUACCUGACAUAGUCCAAGUCUAAAUAAUAUAUACCUGACAUAGUCCAAGUCUAAAUAAUAUAUACCUGACAUAGUCUGAGUCUAAUUAAUAAAUACCUGACAUAGUCUGAGUCUAAUUAAUAAAUACCUGACAUAGUCUAAGUCUUAAUACUAUAUACCUGACGUAGUCUAAGUCUUAAUACUAUAUACCUGAUGUAAUCUAAGUCUUAAUACUAUAUACCUGAUGUAAUCUAAGUCUUAAUACUAUAUACCUGACAUAGUCUGAGUCUAAUUAAUAAAUACCUGACAUAGUCUGAGUCUAAUUAAUAAAUACCUGACAUAGUCCAAGUCUAAAUAAUAUAUACCUGACAUAGUCCCAGUCUAAAUAAUAUAUACCUGACAUAAUCCCAGUCUAAUUGAUAAAUACCUGACAUAGUCCCAGUCUAAAUAAUAUAUACCUGACAUAGUCCCAGUCUAAUUGAUAAAUACCUGACAUAGUCCCAGUCUAAAUAAUAUAUACCUGACGUAGUCCGAGUCAAAAUAAUAUAUAUUUAGUCUGAUCUUACAUGAUACAUAUAUCAAAUAAGGUGAGUUUUUUUUAUGUAAAUGUUAUUCAUGUCCAUGUUGAGUAGCAAAUGUCAUUCACCAGAGGAAUAUAUACAUGUACAGUAUAUAUAUAUACAUGUACAGUAUAUAUAU